AUGAAUGAAGGUUGGGUUCAAUUUGGGUAUACCAGGAAGUUAAAAGAUGUCUCAUUCAUAAAAUCUCAGGGGCACACACCUUUUGACCUGAUUUUUGACACAUGUUUCCUUGGAGCCAAACCUGUCAAGACACAUCUAGAUCUCUCAACAAAGUUACAUCAUGAUUCUUCAAAUAUGUUUGAAGAUAUUUCUAUCUAUAGAAGACUUGUGGGCAAACUUCUAUACUUAACCACUACACGAACCGACAUUGCCUUUGUAACACAACAUCUAAGCCAAUUCUUCCAUGCACCUACUAAGAUCCAUUAUGAAACUACUUGUAGAGUGGUCAAAUAUAUGAAGGGAUCACCAUGUCGUGGUCUAUUAUUCAGAAGAGAUGCUCAACUUCAGCUACUUGGUUUCAGUGAUGCAGACUGGGCUGACUGCAUUGACACUCGCAGAUCUACUAGUGGUUAUUAUUUUUUUCUCGAUUCUUCAUUGAUUUUAUGGAGAGUUACGAAGCAACACACAGUUUUAAGGAGUUCAUUUGAGGCAAAAUAUAGGGUUUUGUCUUUUGCAUCAUGUGAACUACAAUGGUUGAUUAGUUUACUUGAAGAAUUAGAGGUCAAAGCCACAAAACUUUAA